AUGUCCGUACUUGAUCCUUCAUUACCUAUUAAAGUCCAGAUGGAACGUUUAGUUCGUGCUAAACAGGCAGAAAUUUGCGCUGGUUUAGAAACUCUAGAACCAACGGCUAGGUUCAGACCAGAUGAAUGGGAACGUGGUAAUAAUGGCGGUGGUGGACGUUCCAUGGUUCUAGCUGAUGGUGACACUUUUGAGAAGGCUGGUGUCAAUGUUUCCGUAGUUCAUGGAACCCUACCACCAGGCGCUAUUGAGCGUAUGAAGAAUGACCACAAGGAUAUCCAGACCAGCAGUGAAGGUACCGUUGGUUUUUUUGCCUGUGGGUUGUCCAUGGUUUUACAUCCUUGGAACCCUCAUGCUCCAACGAUGCAUUUGAAUUACAGAUAUUUUGAAAUCAUGAACCCAGAUGGUACAACGCAAACUUGGUGGUUCGGUGGUGGUGCAGAUUUGACGCCUAGUUACUUGUAUAAAGAGGAUGCCAUCCAUUUCCACAAGUUACACAAGGAAGCAUUGGAUCCUUUUGGUAAGGAAUUGUUCCCGGAAUUCAAAGAAUGGUGUGAUAAAUAUUUCUUUAUCGCCCAUAGAGGUGAAACUAGAGGUGUAGGUGGUAUUUUCUACGAUGAUUUUAAUAGACUACCACCUCAAAAAUGUCUUGAGAUGGCAGAAUCUUGCUUCAAUGCAAUGUUGCCUUCUUAUGUUCCGCUAGUUGCUAAACAUAAAGACGAUCCAUAUACAGAAAAGGAAAAAGAAUGGCAACAAAUCAGAAGAGGUAGAUACGUUGAAUUCAACCUUGUCUAUGAUAGAGGUACAAAGUUUGGAUUGCAAACUCCAGGUUCAAGGGUUGAGUCUAUUUUGAUGAGUUUGCCUAAGACUGCUACGUGGUUAUAUAACCAUGAGCCCGAGGAGGGUUCGAGAGAAGCCGAAUUGCUAAAAGUUACUAGGAAUCCGGUUAAUUGGGUUUAA